GCAUGCGCAGAAACGCAAUUUUUUGCCUCGAACAGAGACUUGCCAGCAGUCGUCCGUCUGUCGAGAGCGUGUUGAGGAUGAUGUUGUUCGUCGUGCGUGAGGGUCGACGACGACGACAUUUCGUAGCACGGCGAGGCCCGUCAACGAUGUGUUGUCUACGUAGCAUUGUGAGAAACUUCGUGUUCGCGUAACGCGAGUUUAAAAACGAAACAAAAGUGAAAAAAUACGGUAUAACAUCUCUCAACUCAAAAUCCAUGCGUUCCAUUUAGCCAUGGCUUCAGUGAAGGUAGCCGUGAGAGUUCGUCCCUUUAACAAAAGGGAGCUGGCAAUGAAUGCAAAGAUGAUCGUACAAAUGGAUGGCAAGAAAACACGAAUUUUCAAUACCAAGACACCGGGUAGUUGCAGAGAAAUCGACAGGGAGAAAUAUAAAGAUUUCACAUUCGAUCAUUCCUAUUGGUCCUUUGAUACGAACGACGAUAACUAUGCAUCCCAGGAAGAGGUUUUCUAUGAUCUUGGUACGGACGUAAUAGAAAGUGCCUUCGAAGGUUAUAAUGCCUGCGUCUUUGCUUACGGCCAAACAGGGUCUGGGAAGACCUUUACUAUGAUGGGCACACCGGAAGCUCAAGGAUUGAUACCGCGGAUUUGUAAGACACUAUUUGCUAGAAUGGCUGCUGGUAAAGAGAGUGGAGCAUCGUAUAGAACCGAGGUAUCUUUCCUGGAAAUACACAAUGAAAGAGUAAGGGAUUUGCUAAGACUGGAUCAGUCACAGUCUCAUUCUCUCAGAGUGCGGGAACAUCCUAAAAGAGGACCUUAUGUCCAAGACCUGUCAAGCCACCUCGUAUAUGAUUAUUCAGACAUUCAGGAAUGCAUGGUGAGAGGUAAUACGCACAGAACUACAGCAAGCACAAACAUGAACGACGUGAGCAGUAGGAGUCACGCGAUUUUCACAAUUACAUUCGUGCAAGCUGGACUAUCCGAGGGUAACAUGCCAUCGGAAACUGUUUCCAAGGUGCAUCUUGUCGACUUGGCUGGAAGCGAACGUGCAAAUGCUACAGGUGCGACAGGCCAACGACUAAAAGAAGGUGCGCAUAUCAAUAAGUCACUGGUAACUUUAGGUUCUGUGAUAUCGGCGCUUGCGGAACUCAGUUCUACAGGCGAUGCGUCUUCUUCCUCUAAGCGUAAUGUCUUCAUACCUUAUCGAGAUAGUGUGUUGACAUGGUUGCUAAAGGAUUCGCUUGGUGGUAACUCUAAAACAAUUAUGAUAGCUGCUAUUAGUCCAGCCGAUUGUAAUUAUGGCGAGACUCUCAGUACGCUCAGAUACGCUAAUCGAGCGAAAAAUAUUAUUAAUAAACCAACUAUAAAUGAAGAUCCAAAUGUAAAAUUGAUCAGGGAACUCAGGGAAGAAAUACAAAAAUUGAAAUCCCUUAUUGGUAAAGAUAUGAGUGUUGAAAGACCACCACAAGUAUUGUUAGCUCAAAUUCAUGAAAAACAAGAACAGGAGAAAGUAUUGACAGAAGAAUGGACGGAAAAGUGGCGAGAAACGCAACAAAUUCUUCAAGAACAAAAAGCAUUAGGUCUUCGAAAAAGCGGCGUUGGUGUAGUCUUAGAUUCAGAGAUGCCACAUUUAGUAGGAAUUGACGAUGAUCUCCUCAGUACUGGUGUUACACUUUAUCAUCUUAAAGAGGGCAAGACAUUAGUAGGAACAGAAGAAGCACCAACCACGCAGGAUAUUGUAUUGACUGGUGUGGACGUCGAACCAGAACACUGCGUGGUAGAGUUAGAUAGUGGCGUGGCGACCCUUCAUCCCCUUUCUCUCCAUUGCUGGAUUAACACCGCUCAAGUAGAUAAACCAACACGACUAUCACAAGGUUGUAUUAUUCUUCUUGGGAGGAACAAUAUGUUUCGAUAUAACGAUCCAGCUGAAGCGGCGAAACUAAGAAAGGAAGGUGGAACGGGUAAUGGUAACUUACAAUCCACAGUCGUCAAUCUUUCAAGAUUGUCCCUCUUGAGUUGGAGUGUCUCGGAUUUGCAUGCUUCAUCCUCUAGCGAUAACCUUUUAAAUUCGAGCGAAGAUCUGCGAGCGCUCGAAGAACUGGAACAGCAAAAAGCUGCUCUUAUCAAGGAAAAAGAAGAUUUUAAGAGAGAACAGGAAGAAAGAGAAGAAAGAUGGGCCGCAAGAAGAGAAGCAUUGGAAGGAGCGCAGCGUGAGUUGGAACGUGAAUGGGGUGCCCAAUGGAAAGAGUGGGCAGAUGCCAUAGCAGCUCUCGAAUCUCGACAACGCGAGUUGCGCACGCGACGUCACAUCCUGGAACAAGAGCGACGGGACGAAAUGACGCAAGUAGAAAAUUUAUGUAGGGAAGUUGCCUCUCUGCGCACAACAUUGCAGUCCAAGCAUCGUCAGUUUCAAGAAUUCAUGAGCAAUCACGAACGUGCACAAAGAUUUCAUCAAUGGUGGGAGAAGACGGAUGACGGUGCUGGCAGUGACGGCAGUUUGCCAGAAUCUUGGUCAAGCUUGAACGAUGAUAAAUGUGUUGACGCGGUGAGAGAGCUUGUUAAUCAUCAUAAAAAAGAAUUAGCUGUUUUGGAAACUGAACUGCAAAAUAAGGUAAAGUCCCUUAAUGAACAUCAAUGCAAAGUGGAUAAAAUGGAAGAGGAGUUAAUUGAGAUAGCUAAAAAACAAAAAUAUAUGCUUAAUUUAGAGUUAGAGGGAGAAGGAAGUACAGAAAAAAAAUUAUUGCUCGCGAAACGAAGUCAGGAACAAUUGCAAGAGAUCUUAAGAAGAAAACAAAGUCUCUCGUUAAAUUUAAAGCGUGCAUUACCUGCUUUUUCAAAUGAUUGUUCUUUGAGUGGUGAUGAAAUUCAUCAAAAUGGAGAUACUCAGAUAUUCGACAAUACGUGCAAUAGAAAACUUCAAAUAGCUUCUGCUUUGAGUUUACUGCCACAAGAUAUUCCAAGUUCCAUAGAUACAGCAGAUACUUUUCAUACAGCUGCAGCUGAUUCUCCUGAACUUCGAAUUCCUGAAUUCGAAGAUUCAGAAAUAAAAGAAUCACAGGAAUCAUCAAAUGAGAGGCAAAAGGAAUUAGAAAAAGUUUCGCCAGAAGUUCACUUGGAGAAUAAUAGGGCUAAAAUAUGUGAAGCAGAAAGCAGAAGUUUGGUAAAUUUGAAUAGAAAAUCUUCAAUAGAUACAAUUAAAUCAGAACAAUGUAACGGCACUGUUAGUGAAAAAACGGAAUCAAAAUCUCCAACAAAUUCUAUUACGGAGGAAGAUAUUCCUGAAGAUUCGUUGGACUCGCCAGUGCAACAAAAUCCAGCAAUGAAACGAUUGAACCAAAGAAUCGCUCGUCAACGAAUGAUGGUGAUGAGGUGUCUAGAAGCCAAUACGCCUUCUAAAGAAGAUUUAAACAGACAAAUUGCAAUCUUACAAGAUCUUCAAAAGCAACAAAUUGAAUUAGAAGUUUCAUUAUUAGAAGAUGAACGAAAGAAUCUCAAGCAACAAUCUAAGUCACAGUGCAAUGAUAGAUUGUUAGCUAGUGAUAUAAAUGAUCGUACACAAAGUGUAGAAACUAUAACGUGCGGUGAUAUUGAGUCCACGACUAAUUCGGCUACGUUAUUAACCUUGGCUACAACGCGAUCUCCAAUUCUCAGGAAUCACAGGCCUAAUACUAAUGAGGAGAAUUUGUCGGAAUCAGUUGCACCUCGAAUAUCAUCAGGAAGAGGAUAUUCAACAGUAUAUUUAACAAGUCAAAAUCGAGGUGAUCGUUUGAGUAGUCCAUAUUCCUUAACAAUCACGAGGUCUCUACCAUCUUUGAUAGCAAAUGAUGCCGACUACGACAGUGUUAUUAACGUAAUCGUUAGUAUACCUUCUUAUGUAAUACGCGGAGCCGGCACAUCCAGUCAUUACGAAUAUGAAGUACGUGUUGUGGCUCAGGAUGAUAGCUGGACGCUUUUACGUAGAUACAGAAGAUUUCGAGAGUUAUAUAUUUCUAUGCGACAGAAAUAUGGUAGCAAGGUAGCGGCAAUACGCUUUCCACCUCGUCAAGUUUUCCCAAGAUAUGAAGUUGUGGCACGGCAACGUAGAAAACGAUUAGAAGAAUAUUUACGACGACUGAUUCAAGUCUGCUCAGAAUUGCCGCACUGUGAAUCUCUUUACAAGUACAACGGCAACUUAAGCAACAUAGAUAAGCAAUCACUGCUAGAAUUUAGUUCGUUCUUCAGACGUGGAACGUUCGAAAGCAGCAAAUAUGGAACAAGUUAAACAAUUAAGAAAAAAGCACACAUGAUUCUCUCGGAGAAGAAUGAACAAAUUCAAGUGGACGCAUAGGAAAUAUUUAUAAUUUGUUAUGUAUUUUUUAUAUCAAUGAACUGGAAAAAAGCUAAAGUGGGGAAAAUAUUAGCAAAAUAUAAUUACCACUUUUUACAGUUAUUACUAUAUAUUUACCAAAAUAUGUCUCCAAAAGUUUAUUGUUUAUAAGACUGAUAUAUAUCAUAUAUUUGAUAUUUGUUUUAUUCUUAUCUUUAGAGAAUAGAAAAAAAUAUUUUGCAACUUAUAUUUAAAUAAGGAAUUAGCGAAUCUUCAAAUUAUUAGAUUCUAUUAGAAAGAUAAUAAGAAAGAUAUUGCUUAUUAAAGUGAUAUUGCUAAAAUUAUGUAUGAUUACUUGUUACGAGUUGCAAAUAUUUUCCUAAUGUUUUUCUCCCGUUAGAAUUUUACAAUUUUCCAAGUGUACCUUUUUUGUUUCUCUAGCGAAUUGUUAAUUUCAUUGAAAUUCGCGUCUAUUGCUAAUAAAUAUAAAGUUAGAUCAGUAUUGUUACAAAAUACGCACGAUAUAGGGAUAAUUUGUUGUGCGCACAAUCACAAUGACCAUGAUCGAGCGUUUAUGCUCGUGAUAAUAAUUAGAUUUCACAAAUGAUCGCGUUUAUUUUUUUGUCGAAAAGCGUCUUUUACACGUCGUGAUUGAAAACUGACUGGAUAUUAGAAGGAAUAAAAGAAAAAAGUAAAAUGAACUUCCUCCUAGUAUGUAGUUAUAAACUUAUGAAUUAUCAUAAUUUUACGAAGUGCAAAUAAUAUCAUAUCGCUGUUAAAAAUCUUCCGCGUGUGCGUGCGCGCGGUUUCGGGGAUUUAUAUAUAAUAUAUAUAUAUAUAUAUUGUAUAUACAUAUAUACUGCAUUUCGCGGCGAAGUUUGUAAAGAAGAAAAAAAAACAGCAAUGUUAAAGUUGACUUGGAAUCGUUAUGUAAUGCUUAUGGCAAUGAAAGAAUUGUUAGUAAAUGCUAACUUUGAUAUUAUUGAUUAUUCUCGGCAAAAUGUUUCCACUCUAUUUAUGAAACUGCUUCUUGAUAAAAAAAAAAAGAUAUAUGCUUUUCAAAUUCGAGAAUUCUCUUAUUAUAGUAAAAAACAAAAAAACAAAAAAACAAAAAAAACAAUCGCAUUUUUCCAUUAUACGAUCAGAUCAUUUUGCCUUGAAUUUUCUGAGUAACAAGAAUGUUAUUAACAAAGCUUAUACUUAAAUCCUUGUUGUUUAGUAUUGGAUGAAAUUUAUAGCAAUACGUAUUGUCAUUGAAAUGAAUAAUCAAAUUUGUGAUUGAUAAUGAAUGACACGUAUUUCAUGGCUGUGUAUAAACGGAUUUCAAACCCCGAGGAAUUGUCCUGAACGGCUAGUGGUACUAGUAAUUCAUAGCCGGUCUAUACAUUUAGCAAAUUAUUUAGACAAACAUUAUACCUCAUCUUUCAUACAAUUUCCGAAAAAAAAAAAUAAUUAUAAAUCGCUUUUUUUUAUACUCGAUCUAUGUUCUCUAAAUGUAAAAACACAUAAUAAAUUGUUAUAGCUCGACUAA